GUGGUUAAGCUGGCAAAGGGGAGCCCAGUCUCCCAGCCCCCUUUAACGGAUGAAGCUGUCCAGGCCCAGAGCGGGGAAGUGACUGGCUCAAGGUCACACAGUGGCAGCCUUGGGGUGGGUUCUUCAACACCCAGCCUCCUCCCUCAUUUGCCCGUGUCCCUCUAGCUCCAGCUGUGGAGCUGGGGGAAGGUGUCAAUCGCAUGCUCUUUGUCAAGGAGGAUACCAGAAGGCUGGGGUCCUGGUUCCCUUUUUCCCGGUGACGCCCACUCUUCCCUCCCCAGGGUUUGGUGUGAUAUGAGGAAAGAGGACUAGGCUGGUGUGAGCACCACAAAGUGAGAGGGAGAGAGGCCAGGGACCACCAGAAAUAGGGAACCCCUUGGAGAAGGGUAGGUGGCUGAGAAGGCCCGGAUCCUAGCUCAGCCCUGGCCCUCUCUGCCCUUCAGGGACAUCAGUUUCUACCAUGGGUGGAGGAUGUACAGAAUUCCCACCACCAGGCUCCGCCUUUUGCCUGAGCACCUGUGCAAACCGCCCACUCCCACCGUCUGUCCCCACAGCCCUGCAGGCUCUUCAAGGUCCACAUUUUCAUGGGCCCACUGCCAAGCUGCUCCUGCCCCAGGCUUGCCCACUCAAAGCAUGCCCUAUCAUCCUUCCAGGAUCUCAGCCUGGAGUCCUCUCUGACUCCUCCACCCCAGUCCCCCACAUAGAUCAAUGGACAUCUAAACUCCCCUUCCCCCACUCCCUCUCCCACACCCCAUCUGCCCCACCACUGCCUGGAAAACUCUAGGCUGCUCUCCACAGGUGGACUAAACCUGCCCCAACAUUUCCAAAUCCUUCCAUUGCUCUGCUGUGGCCUCCGGGUAAACCUCAGCUCCCUGAGGCAGCCCUUCCACACCUGCCCCUACCCCAACAGCCCCUUGGAAACUUCUCACCCAUCUCCCCUCCCUCCCCUUGGUUCUGCCUGUAGGGCCCUGACUUUGCAGCUGUCUCCCCAGAAGCUCUUCCCUGCCCACCUGUCUACCCACUCUCUCCACCCUGGUGCUUCUGCUUGGGCUCCCUGAGUCCUUCUUCAGGCCUCAGCAAAAGCAUCACCUUUUCAGGGAAGUGAUCCCUGACUCUGCCCCCUGCCUAGGUUGGUGGUGCACCAUCUCCGUCUGUGCAUCUCUGAACAUUCAGGAAACCUGGAAUUGACUGUCAGUGUCUGCAAGGGCUCCCCAGGGCAGAGGCUACCUUGGGUCCUCAGCCCUGGCAUAGGACCAGGGUAGGGACUUAGUCAGUGUUGAAUGGAGUCAGAGAUUCUAGAUUAUCUCUGACACUGGGAAUCAUGGUGUCUUGGGAGCAAUGCAGACUGGGGUAAACCCAGGCAGUGUGGGAGCAGAGGGGUGAAGGAUGUGUCCGUAGAAUUAGGACGCAAGAUCUGUGGAUGAUCUGAGGAGGCAGGGAGUGGACUGGAGGACCCUUGGACUCUGGGGAGCCAGGGAUCCCAGGGAGAGAUUCACCUGGAAUGAAGGCCCUUUACUGUCCUCCCUCAUCGAUCCUGCCUUUUGGUGUCUGUCUAUCUUGGGGUAGUCAUCUUUGGGGUUCAGAGUCGGGAAAAGGAGAGGAAGGACUGUCCCAUGUGCUCACAGUGAUGAGGAUGUCCAUGUACCAGUAGUAUUCUGGAGUGCUGUCUCUUUUCAUCCUCGCGUGAGGUGAGGCAGUUUCUGUCACUGUACCCAUUUCAAUGAGGAAGAAAUUGAGGCCCAGAGACCUCACAUGGCACAGCCAGGAUUGGGCUGGGCUCUGGUGGGGGUACACCUGGCACUGGGGACUCCGCUUCCUCAGUCCUUAGGGCCCCUGGGGUCCAUCAGCCUCCAACUCGAGGCCAUAGUAACCAGGAGUCUCUCCUGGGCCAGGUGGGAGGGUGGAGUACUGGGCAUCAUUUCCCUCAGUGGCCUUGGACUUCCUUGCUGGGCUGUGAUCUCCCCAUCUGUUCUCCAAGGAGAAGUACAUCCUGGACUCAUCACCAGAAAAACUGCAUAAGGAAUUGGAGGAGGAGCUCAAACUCAGCAGCACAGAUCUCCGCAGCCACGCCUGGUACCAUGGCCGCAUCCCCCGAGAGGUCUCAGAGACCUUGGUACAACGCAAUGGUGACUUCCUCAUCCGGGACUCGCUGACCAGCCUGGGAGAUUAUGUGCUUACGUGCCGCUGGCGCAACCAGGCCUUGCACUUCAAGAUCAACAAGGUGGUGGUGAAGGCGGGCGAGAGCUACACGCACAUCCAGUACCUGUUUGAGCAGGAGAGCUUCGACCACGUGCCCGCCCUUGUGCGCUAUCAUGUGGGCAGCCGCAAGGCUGUGUCGGAGCAGAGUGGUGCCAUCAUCUACUGCCCUGUGAACCGCACCUUCCCACUGCGCUACCUCGAGGCCAGCUAUGGCCUGGGACAGGGGAGUAGCAAGGUCGCCAGUCCCGCCAGCCCCUCCGGCCCCAAGGGCAGCCACAUGAAGCGGCGCAGCAUCACCAUGACCGAUGGGCUCACUGCCGACAAGGUCACUCGCAGUGAUGGCUGCCCCACCAGUAUGUCGCUGCCCCGUCCUCGGGACUCCAUCCGCAGCUGUGCCCUCAGCAUGGACCAGAUCCCAGACCUGCACUCGCCCAUGUCGCCCAUCUCCGAGAGCCCUAGCUCCCCCGCCUACAGCACUGUAACCCGAGUCCAUGCUGCCCCUGCAACCCCUUCUGCCACAGCACUGCCUGCCUCCCCUGUUGCCCGCCGUUCCAGUGAGCCUCAGCUAUGUUCCGGAAGUGCCCUAAAGACCCAUGGGGAGCCAGACAAGGGUCCCCACACCAGCCCCUCCCACACCCUCUGCAAGGCCUCCCCGUCACCAUCACUCAGCAGCUACAGUGACCCGGACUCUGGCCACUACUGCCAGCUCCAGCCUCCCGUGCGUGGCAGCCGAGAGUGGGCAGCGGCUGAGGCCUCCAGCCGGCAGGCCAGGAGCUAUGGGGAGAAGCUAAAGGAACUGUCAGAAAAUGGCGCCCCCGAGGGGGACUGGGGCAAGACCUUCACAGUCCCCAUUGUGGAAGUCACCUCUUCCUUCAACCCAGCCACCUUCCAGUCACUACUGAUCCCCAGGGAUAACCGGCCGCUGGAGGUAGGCCUUCUGCGGAAGGUCAAGGAGCUGCUGUCGGAGGUGGAUGCCCGGACGCUGGCCCGGCAUGUCACCAAGGUGGACUGCUUGGUUGCUAGGAUACUGGGCGUUACCAAGGAGAUGCAGACCCUAAUGGGAGUCCGCUGGGGCAUGGAGCUGCUCACCCUCCCCCAUGGCCGGCAGCUACGCCUAGACCUGCUGGAAAGGUUCCACACCAUGUCCAUCAUGCUGGCCGUGGACAUCCUGGGCUGCACCGGCUCCGCGGAGGAGCGGGCAGCGCUGCUGCACAAGACCAUCCAGCUGGCGGCCGAGCUGCGGGGGACUAUGGGCAACAUGUUCAGCUUCGCGGCGGUCAUGGGUGCCCUGGACAUGGCCCAGAUUUCUCGGCUGGAGCAGACAUGGGUGACCCUGCGGCAGCGGCAUACGGAGGGUGCCAUCCUGUACGAGAAGAAGCUUAAGCCUUUUCUCAAGAGCCUCAACGAGGGCAAAGAAGGCCCGCCUCUGAGCAACACCACGUUUCCUCAUGUGCUGCCCCUCAUCACCCUGCUGGAGUGUGACUCGGCCCCACCUGAGGGCCCUGAGCCCUGGGGCAGCACAGAGCACGGUGUGGAGGUGGUGCUAGCCCACUUGGAGGCUGCUCGCAUGGUGGCACACCACGGAGGCCUGUAUCACACCAAUGCUGAGGUCAAGCUGCAGGGGUUCCAGGCUCGGCCAGAGCUCCUGGAGGUGUUCAGCACGGAGUUCCAGAUGCGCCUCCUCUGGGGCAGUCAGGGUGCCAGCAGCAGCCAGGCCCGGCGCUAUGAGAAGUUCGACAAGGUCCUCACUGCCCUGUCCCACAAGCUGGAGCCUGCCGUCCGCUCCAGCGAGCUGUGACCCCAGGGACCUUCCCCCUCUGCAGCUGCGGACAGCGUCAGGGGCAGAGGGGCACAGACCUUUCCCCAGAGCACCCCAAGGACACUGUGAUCAACCCGAGAAUGUUCUGGGUUCAACUCCAGCACCUCCCUUGCACCCCCAGGGUCCUGCAUGGACUCUGGGUUCCAUUCCACCUGCUAAACACUCACCAGGUCUCCGUUGAGGAAGAACAGGAACGCCGGUUCCCCCACCAGCUUCUGCUGCUCCCCUUCCUGCUGGGGUUCCCCGUUUUCGAGCCAUGGGAGGCUGUUCACGCCUCCUCACUCUCCAUCAGUCCCUCACCCACACAGAGGCCUCCAUCUCGCUGUAAAUAAGUCUGUGUGUGCUGUAAAUAGAUGUACAGAAGCCGUGUUCUUUCUUUCAUAUAAUAAACUUUUAUGACUCUUUA